GCUCCGUUCCCAGGGAUCCAGGAGUUGGGCCCAGCGUCUGGCCCCGGAGCGCCUGGCAUGCAGAUCAGCCGUCCUCCCAUCUCUUCUCUGCCAGAACCCCCGUCUGAGGGGUUCUUUUGACAAAGAUGCUGCCUCUCAGCGAGAGGUUCUCGCCCAAGAUGGAACAGAGUGGAUACAGAGGGGACUUGAGGGUCUCGCCUCAAAUGCCACCUGUGGCUGUGAAACCUUAAGCAAGUUAUUUCACUCCCCGGAGUCUGAGAAAGGAGGUCCUGACACCCACGCUCACACAGUUGGGAUAAAGCACUUCGGCAUUGAAAGCACUGGGGGCUGCAGCAUGAUUCCGGUGGCCGAGUUCAAGCAGUUCACGGAGCAGCAGCCCGCCCUCAAGGUGCUCAAACCCUGGUGGGACGUGCUGGCCGAGUACCUCACUGUGGCCAUGCUCAUGAUUGGGGUCUUCGGCUGCACCCUCCAGGUGACGCAGGACAAGAUCAUCUGUCUGCCCAGUCAUGAACCCCAGGAGAACUCAUCAGAGGCCCCGUGCCAGCAGCUGCUCCCCCGGGGGGUCUCGGAGCAGAUGGGGGGCCUCCGGGAGGUGAGGGGCCUGAAGAACAACCUGGACCUGCAGCAGUACAGCUUCAUCAACCAGCUCUGCUACGAGACGGCCCUCCACUGGUACGCCAAGUACUUCCCCUACCUGGUUGUCAUUCACACGCUCAUCUUCAUGGUCUGCACCAGCUUCUGGUUCAAGUUCCCCGGCACCAGCUCCAAGAUCGAGCACUUCAUCUCCAUCCUGGGCAAGUGUUUCGACUCCCCGUGGACCACGCGGGCCCUGUCCGAGGUCUCCGGGGAGAACAAUAAGGGCCCCACCACUGGACGGGCGAUGGUGGCCGUGGCGGCCACAGCGGGUCCCGGGAAGGCAGGGGAAGGCGAGAAGGAGAAGGUGCUGGCAGAGCCUGAGAAGGUGGUGACUGAGCCACCGGCCGUCACUCUGUUGGACAAGAAGGAGGGUGAGCAGGCCAAGGCCCUGUUCGAGAAGGUCAAGAAGUUCCGCGUGCAUGUGGAAGAGGGAGACAUCUUGUACACCAUGUACAUCCGGCAGACGGUGCUCAAAGUCUGCAAGUUCCUUGCCAUCCUGGUCUACAAUCUCGUCUACGUGGAGAAGAUCAGCUUCCUGGUGGCCUGCAGGGUGGAGACCUCAGAGGUCACAGGCUAUGCCAGCUUCUGUUGCAACCACACCAAGGCCCACCUGUUCUCCAAGCUGGCUUUCUGCUACAUCUCCUUCGUGUGCGUCUAUGGGCUGACCUGCCUCUAUACGCUGUACUGGCUCUUCCACCGGCCCCUCAAGGAGUACUCCUUCCGUUCCGUGCGGGAGGAGACUGGCAUGGGUGACAUCCCCGACGUCAAGAACGACUUCGCCUUCAUGCUGCACCUCAUUGACCAGUAUGACUCGCUCUACUCCAAGCGCUUUGCUGUCUUCCUCUCUGAGGUCAGCGAGAGCCGCCUGAAGCAGCUCAACCUGAACCACGAGUGGACGCCCGAGAAGCUGCGGCAGAAGCUGCAGCGCAACGCCCGGGGCCGGCUCGAGCUGGCCCUCUGCAUGCUCCCGGGCCUGCCCGACACUGUCUUUGAGCUCAGCGAGCUGGAGGCGCUCCGGCUGGAGGCCAUCUGCGACAUCACCUUCCCCCCGGGCCUCUCGCAGCUGGUGCACCUGCAGGAGCUCAGCCUGCUCCACUCGCCCGCCAGGCUGCCCUUCUCCUCGCAGAUCUUCCUGCGGGACCGCCUGAAGGUCAUCCGCGUCAAGUGUGAGGAGCUCCGCGAGGUGCCCCUCUGGGUGUUUGGGCUGCGUGGCCUGGAGGAGCUGCACCUUGAAGGGCUCUUCCCCCCGGAGCUGGCUCGGGCGGCGACCCUCGAGAGCCUCCGGGAGCUGAAGCAACUCAAGGUGCUGUCUCUGCGGAGCAACGCCAGCAAGGUGCCAGCCAGUGUGACCGACGUGGCCGGGCACCUGCAGCGGCUUAGCCUGCACAAUGACGGGGCCCGCCUGCUGGCCCUUAACAGCCUCAAGAAGUUGGCGGUGCUGCGGGAGCUGGAGCUGGUGGCCUGCGGGCUGGAGCGCAUCCCCCACGCCAUCUUCAGCCUGGGCGCGCUGCAGGAACUUGACCUCAAGGACAACCACCUGCGGUCCAUUGAGGAGAUCCUCAGCUUCCAGCACUGUCGCAAGCUGGUCACGCUCAGGCUGUGGCACAACCAGAUCGCCUAUGUCCCCGAGCACGUGCGUAAGCUCCGGAGCCUGGAGCAGCUCUACCUCAGCCACAACAAGCUGGAGACCCUGCCCAGCCAGCUCGGCAUGUGCUCUGGCCUCCGCCUGCUGGACGUCUCUCACAACGGGCUGCGCUCCCUGCCGCCCGAGCUGGGCCUCCUCCAGAACCUGCAGCACCUGGCUCUCUCCUACAAUGCCCUGGAGGUCCUGCCCGAUGAACUCUUCUUCUGUCGCAAGCUGCGGACGUUGCUGCUGGACUACAACCAUCUGAGCCAGCUCUCGCCCCAGGUGGGGGCCCUCAGGGCCCUCAGCCGCCUGGAGCUCAAGGGCAACCGGUUGGAGGGGCUGCCAGAAGAACUCGGCAACUGUGGGGGGCUCAAGAAGGCGGGGCUCCUGGUGGAGGACACCCUUUAUGAGGGCCUGCCGGCAGAGGUGCGGGAGAAGAUGGAGGAGGAGUGAAGGUAGGGAGGGGUAGGUGGAGGUACAGCCCUUCCGGAUGCUUCCAGCCCCGAAUCUCUACCAUUGUCUUCCAAAGAAGUGGCCAAAUGGGCCCAAGCCAGGAGAGGAGGAGCAGACAAAAUCCGGGGACUGGUUUGUCUGGGGAGAGACGGAAGGCUGUGGAUUCCGGGUGGAACAUAAUGGACGGAUUAACUCAGUCAUAGGAUUCUCAGACCAAAACCACACCCAUGUCUCUGGGUGGCUGGCUUGCCUCCCAGCCCUGGGCCAGAACUGCUACCCUCCCCCUGGACAUUCCAGCUCAAUCAGUGCCACCUACUGGGUGGGGGUACAUCCCAAUGGGAUUUCAACCCUCUCCCCUCCCCCCCAACAAAAUGGCUUACAUCUGGGUUCUCUCCCAAGGAGGGGACACAGACACAAGGGACCAGCACCUCCUCCCCUCCCACACCUUGAUGCUAAUCCCUUAUUUAUAAGUUGUUUGCUACGGACAUGUGAACACAGAAAAAUGGUUCUCCUAUUUGGCUAUGCAUCAAAAUCAACAUGCCCAAAACAAAACAUGUCAGGCCCCACCCUGAAAGACUGACUCAGGAUGUUCGGCUGCAGCCAGGAACUUGUUUGUAAGUAAGCAUCCCAGGUAAUUCCGAGGCAGGUGGUCCUAGGCAUGUAUGUGGGGAAACGCUGACCGACAGAACAGUUAUCUGGAUGUCCGGAGCAGGGAUCCUGAAUGGGUUUCAGGGCCUAGAGCCUUGGAGAAUCUACUGAAGCUGGCCACCUCCUUCCUUAGGAAAAUGUUCAUGUGCACAGAGUUCUGCAAACCACUUCAGGCAGUCGAUAGAUUCCCUCGGGUCCCCCAGAGGGCCAUUCACGGACAUCCUAAGGAUGGCAGACCCCAGGUUAAGAACACUUGCUGCGGAGGGUGCAUUUUUCUGAGGACAGGCAGGGACGUUAGCUUUCGAACGUCCCUGUGGGAGGGAGCAUCAGUGGGUGCUCAAUAAAUAAUACUAAUCACGAGAACUAUAAUUCCGAGCUGUGUCCACUCCUGCCAUUGUCUAAGCCUUCUACUUCACCAGACCAGUUAAGGCAAGUGGCAACACCAACGUGCCAGAAUCAAAGGUAUGAGUCUGUCCUGGGAGCAGAGGCUGAGAGAGACCUCAGCUAAUUAGAAGGAGAAAGCGGGUGGCAUCUUCAGCCUAGCUUUUUUUCUGGAGAACCCUUUUCCCUCUGCCUUCUGUGUUAUUCUCCCGGUUUGCAUCUGCUCCAUCCGUAAGUCAUCACCAGAGGAGUCCCCAUGAGCCUUCAACGCCAUCACUGUUCCGGAACUAGACCAGGAGCCGACAGGGCACUUGGCACAGCUGCCUGACCCUGACCUCCUGGGCUCGGCCACCUCCCACGCGCCCGCAAAAUGCGAGCUUCCCCCUGGCACCCAAGAGCAGAGGCAAGGGGCUCUCCGGGACCCAGGGUUCCAGGUGGGGACAUUUUCCCAGCACCCUUCAGACCAGUUAAAGGAAAUCUGUAGACUGCAGGGGGCGCCAGGCGGAGAGCCUAACCCCAAGCCCUGUCCUCUGCACUGUCCAGGGCCUGGGCUCACAUUUCCGGGGCGAGACACAUUCGGCAAAGUCUUAAAAAUGUCCCACACGGGUCUGACCUGGAACUCUCUGGCCUUGACCUUGGCCCCGUCGCCGAGGUCAGAGGUCACGCCGCUGGAUUCCCAGUGGCCCCAGCCCUACCCCGCCCCUCCCGCCUGUCCUCAGCCAACCCCGAGCUUGCUGAAAUGGAAAGGGCUCCCCACGGGUGCCUAAUUAUGGUGAGGAGGCAGCAAUUAUGCAUAACAGGGAUCCUAAUAAAGCACUGUCCGAGAAGAGAGAGGCAAUUCCGAGAGGGCGUGGCUGCAGAGAGGGCCGGGCCGGGAAGAGCGAGGAGACGGAGGACACAAACCCGCGACAGGCACGGGAGACGGCUGCCGAGGAAAGAGCCAAGGCUGCGCACGCGCAGCACACGCCACGCGCGAGAUUUCGUCUCCCCCUCUGUGGGCAUGCGCGCCACUUUCCCCGCCCACCGCUCUCGGCAGAACGGCGAGUGGGUUUCCACAGGGCUCCUGCCGCCGGAGCGCUCGGGAAUUCGC